UAAUUGGCCGAGGCGGAUGCGGUCCCGUGGUGCGGCCGCCAAUGAGCGGCGCAGGCCGCGAGCUUAAGGGCGGGGGCGGUGGCCCGAGGUCCGAUCCGCGCCGCCCCCGGCCGCCACAGCUUCUGCCGCCGUCGCCUGUCCUCGUCCGCCGAGCCCGGACGCCAUGUCACAAGAAGAGUGACCACGUCCCCCGUGUUCACAAUGGAGGACUCGGGCAAGACUUUCAGCUCUGAGGAAGAAGAAGCUAACUAUUGGAAAGAUCUGGCUAUGACCUACAAGCAAAGGGCAGAGAAUACACAAGAGGAGCUCCGAGAAUUCCAGGAGGGAAGCCGAGAAUAUGAAGCUGAAUUGGAAACACAGCUGCAACAAAUUGAAACCAGGAACAGGGACCUCCUGUCAGAAAAUAACCGCCUUCGCAUGGAGCUAGAAACCAUCAAGGAGAAGUUUGAGACGCAGCAUUCUGAAGGCUACCGGCAGAUCUCUGCCUUGGAGGAUGACCUUGCCCAGACAAAGGCAAUUAAAGAUCAGCUGCAGAAAUACAUCCGAGAGCUGGAGCAAGCAAACGAUGACUUGGAAAGAGCGAAACGGGCCACGAUCAUGUCUCUGGAAGACUUUGAGCAGCGCUUAAAUCAAGCCAUUGAGAGAAAUGCCUUCCUGGAGAGUGAGCUCGAUGAGAAGGAGAAUCUCCUAGAAUCUGUUCAGCGUCUGAAGGAUGAAGCCAGAGAUUUGCGGCAGGAAUUGGCUGUGCAGCAAAAGCAGGAGAAACCCAGGACCCCCAUGCCCAGCACAGUGGAAGCUGAAAGGACAGACACAGCUGUGCAGGCCACUGGCUCCGUGCCGUGUACUCCCGUGGCUCAUCGGGGACCCAGCUCAAGCUUCACCACACCGGGGACGUUCAGACGUGGUCUGGAGGACUCCAUGGGUGGGACCCCCCUCACGCCUGCAGCCCGGAUAUCAGCCCUCAACAUCGUGGGAGACCUGCUGCGGAAAGUGGGGGCACUGGAGUCCAAACUUGCAUCCUGCCGGAACUUCGUGUAUGAGCAGUCGCCAAACCGAACAAGUGGCCCGACCUCAGGGCGCGGGAGCAAGAACAGAGACGGCAGCGACAGACGGCCAAGCAGCACCAGCGUGCCUCUGGGUGAUAAAGGGCGAGAAAGUUGAAACCCACUGAGACUGCUGAUACUCUUAUAACUUUGUGGGCCCUGAUGCUAGUCGAUCUGUAACAGCUGUAAUGUUCGCUUAAUUUGGUUUACUCUGUCUGAAGGUCAGGAAAACGCCUGGAAUUUGGGAAGCCGCCUUCAAAUCUGUCCUCACCAUCGCUGCCAUCAGCCCAGGGUGUAGUCAAGAUGUUGCUUUAGGAAACCCACAGAAGCGAAGCCACUGAUGUCUGUGCGGGAGUUGUUACCUUUCUUCCCCUCUUUACAUGAGCUUUUUUUGUUUCAAGUUAGUCUGAAUAAUACGAGCAAGCAGUCACACUAGCCAAUGACUAAGGCCCCUGGUCCCUGGUGGUUGACCCUGUGAAAUGUCUCAUAAUCCGCGUUGGGAAUGGACAGGAACAAACCGGACCCUCUGGAAAGGGCUCUAAGGUGUGGGUGCUUAGGCUACCUUGUCAUUUUGAGCUGAAUCAAGUCCUGAUUGGUCUUGAGAGGUGAUACCUUGUCCGGAGACACCUUACAAGUGGGAUCGGAGCCCAACUCAGGCUCACUCCUGCCCCACUCGGCUGGAGCCGUCUUCCAGAACAAAGCCUCGCAAGGCUCUGGCACAGCAAGGAUGGGUGCACUGAGAUCAUGUCUAGGAGCAAAGAGUAGCAUAGACUCGUGCCUUGUGUCACAACUGUGGUGUCGUGUACCUCCCACACUCUUUAACCUGCCUCUCCUUGAGGCUCUUAGAGGUGCGCUCGAGUUUCAGAGGACAUUUUGUGUGGACCGGGUCAGGAAAAUCUGUGUCCUCUUUUGAUCGAUCCCGACUGUUAGUUAUCCUGAAUCCCACCCCUGGCAUGGGGGUGACCUCCACUUCCGGACCCCGAGGAUCCUCGGGGUGGAGUGGCCUUGGAAAUGCAGCAUUUAAGAACAGGACUUCAUUCAAGGCCAUAAUGAAAUAACCAAAUAAGGUUAAACCACCAGGAUUGUUGUUAGAAGCUUCCUUGUCAAGGAAGAAAUGAACACAGGAUUCCCAGCAUGGACCGUGUAAUGCUUAUCUCUGCUUGUCAUGAACUGCUGUCUCACGCUUUCCAUCACAAAUAAAAAGAACACAGGAAUUCAGGAGUAUGUGUGCAACUUAACAACCUUACUUUCGUUACUAAGUUAUUUUUCCAAAAGACCAGCAAAAUAUCCUCGAUUUGAAAAUGGAAGUUUUCAAGUGCUACUGACAUUCAACAGAGAAUCAAAUAUCAGUGCCCGCUUGGUUACUCUGGAAACAGUCUAACCUGUAUUGGUCAAAGAUGUACUUUUAUUUUUUUAAAAGAACAAUAAAAUCAAGAGAAACUAAUGUCCAA